AUGUUGGAGCAUCAAAUUAAGAAUAUAGAGUUGAGUUUAUUUGCCAACGGUACCGAGAGGAAAGGGGAAGAGGAGGCUUGGAAAGUCCAGCCUUCCGAUUCGGCCAAGAACUGCCGAAAUUUUAUCCGGGAAAUUGUCGACAAUUUGGAUCUCGAACCGAAUCCUGAGAAGCCUGUUAUUGCUCUAUCCAUAGGCGAUCCAACGGUCUACGGAAACCUUCCUCAAGCAGAUGAAACCAUCAAGGCCGUCGUAAAGAUCCUAGAGGAAGGCUCCUGCAAUGGGUAUGCGCCCAGCGUGGGCUACGAGGAUUCGCGUCGAGCCGUGGCGGAGUAUUUGUCGCAUGACGGCGUUGAAGUCGACAAAAAGGAUGUCGUACUGUGCAGCGGCUGCUCAUCCUCUCUGGAGCUGUGCAUCACGGCAUUGGCGUGCGCCAACAAGAAGCAGAACAUCUUGAUACCGAGACCCGGAUUUCCGAUUUACAGAACCUUGGCGGAGUCCAUCGGUGUUGCAGUGAAGUACUACAACCUCCUGCCGGAGAAGGACUGGGAGGUCGACUUGUACCACUUGGAGUCGCAGAUAGACCAAUACACGGCCGCUAUAGUCCUAAACAACCCUUCCAACCCGUGCGGAUCUGUUUUCUCGAGGAAACACCUAAGCGACAUCCUAGAACUCGCCUACCGCCGAAGAAUCCCGGUGAUAGCCGACGAAAUCUACGAGCAACUCGUCUUUCCGGGCAAAAAAUUCGCAUCCACAGCUUCACUCCACUCACAAGUGCCCAUACUGAUAUGCGGUGGUCUCGCUAAAAGAUUCCUAGUGCCAGGUUGGCGUCUAGGUUGGAUCGUGGUGCACGACGAAAUCAACGCCUUUCAGAACAUCCGCAAGGCCUUGGUAAGCCUCAGUCAAAGGACCAUAGGCAGCAACACUUUGAUUCAAGGCGCUCUACCGGCUAUUCUGCGCAACACUCCGCAGUCUUUCCACGACGACUUAAUUAACACGCUGAGAAAGCACGCUGAGAUCGCCUUCGAAGGACUCAAGCAAGCCAAAGGGAUGUCGCCUUAUAUGCCAGAAGGAACCAUGUAUAUGGUCGUUGAAGUUCAGAUGAAUCGAUUCCCGAAGUUCACCAAUGGUUUGGAUUUUGUCCAGAAGUUAAUGGAAGAAGAGUCCGUGUUUCUACUACCUGGUGAUUGCUUUCAGAUACCAGGGUUCAUGAGGAUUGUCCUUACAGUUCCAGAGAACUUACUGAAAGAGGCCUGUAGCAGAAUUUGCGAGUUUUGCAACAGAAACUACGUUUAA